UCAUGUACCAAGAGCUUUGUUAGGCCUCGAUAAUCCUGGCGAAAUAUACAAGCUCCAUUAAAUAGGCUACCAUGCCUCCCAACUCACUGCGCAUUCUGGGGCAUGGUCAAACAAUCACCUAGUAGUGUCAUGGGCAAUGCACCACACACAAACCCCUCAGCCAACGAACUCGUCAUCAAAAUAAAAGCGAUAGUCCUGAACCCAGCCGACGUCGGCACCCAGAAACUCGAAGUUCUCAUUGAUGGCUACCCGGAAAUUCUGGGCUGUGAUGCCACCGAGGAGAUCGUGGAAGUUCACCUCACCCUAGCUGAACUGUAUACCCCCAGUGAUCUUGUCAUUUGUGCAACCGGUCCAUUGAACAGGAAGGACAGCAAAUAAUGUUGCUCGGCCUUCCAGGAAUAUGUGGUUCUGAAGGUGCCUUUCAUUGUCAAAGCCCCGAAUAGGAUGGCAUAUGAGGACGAGGAUGCCGUUCUGUUCCCGCUAGGGGAUAUUAUUACUUCCAGCUGUUUGUUUGCGGAGCAAACU